AUGCCCUACCAAUACCUCACAUUCAGCGACCUGUACGAGGAAGAAGUGCGCUCCUCUGCACCAUCAUCGCCCGUCAUGGGCGCCACAGCAUCCCUCUCGCCUGUCUUCCUCCUUCCCUCUGCACACCCACAUGCUUCCUCUAGCAGUCAGACAUCAUCAUCGUCACAUUGUAAACUCCCAUCUCGCACCUACUCCCAACGCAGAAAGGACGUGAAUGAAUCUUCCCUCCUCCAAACUUCCACAUCAGAGUGCGACGAGAUCGUUUCACCAACCAGCUCUCCCUCUACCCACUCCUCUAUCCCACAUGUUAACCUGCACUUGGACUUUUUCAAGAUGUUCUCCAAGCGACGAAACUCCAAGAAGAGCAAAAAUUCUGACUCGGCUUUCUCUACACCAGCAAGCUCUCGUCGCUCUUCCUUCACAUCACAUUACGGCUUUGCAACGCUACACCCUGCAUCUGCUGCUUCGAGCGCAAACACUUCGCCCGCCAUCUCGAGACAAGUAACAAAGAUGAGCGAUUACGAUGCAUUGGUGCAAAGGACAGCAAGGGAAGAGCAGCAGGAAGAAGAGAACAGGCAAAGGGAGCUUCAAGCAUAUCUCAAUCAGGCCGCGGAGACCGGUCUCACUCUCAGGAGGGUUUAG